CAUAACACCCAUCUGCUUCUGCUGCUGGCCCGGGUAGAAGCCGAAGGUCACACUACACAAGAUGGCGGCGGCGCUGGCUGUGCUGCUGAGGGCUUCCACUCCCGCCCGGCUACUCUCAGGCUCAUUGUAUGCACGUAAUGGCGGGCUGGCGUUAUGGCAUCACCAUCAGAGUCGGCGGCCUUUCAGUAACAAUAAGAUCCUUGUGGAAUUGGAUGAAGCAAGCGGCGUUGCUGUCAUGAAGAUGAAUAAUCCUCCAGUCAACAGCCUGAGCCUGGAGUUCCUGACUGAGUUCUCUAUCAGCCUGGAGAAGCUGGAACUAGACCGCGGCUGCCGGGGCCUUAUCCUGACUUCUGCAUUUCCCAAAAUCUUCUCUGCUGGGCUGGAUAUCACAGAGAUGUGUGGGAAGAGUGCCGAGCAUUACUCUGCUUUCUGGAGGGCUGUACAGGACAUGUGGCUGAAGCUAUACGGGUCCAAUAUGGCGGUAAUUGCGGCUAUUAAUGGGUCCAGCCCUGCUGGAGGGUGCCUCAUGGCUGUGUGUUGUGACUACCGCAUCAUGGCUGAAGAUCCAAAAUUUGCCAUUGGCCUGAACGAGACUCAGCUGGGCAUAGUGGCCCCCAUAUGGUUCAGGGACACCAUGGCAAACGUCGUGGGUCAUCGUGUGACUGAGCAGUCCCUCCAGUUGGGCCAGAUGUAUUCAGCUCCAGCUGCGCUUAAAGUCGGCCUUGUGGACCAGCUCGUCCCGGAGGACAAGGUGCAGAGCACAGCAGCUGCGGUCAUGACCCAGUGGCUUUCCGUCCCAGAUCAUGCCCGUCAGCUCACUAAGUCCAUGAUGCGCAAACCCACCAUAGACCGACUCCUCAAACAGAGGGAUGCGGAUAUCAGCAAUUUUGUUGGCUUCAUCGCAAAGGAUUCCAUCCAGAAGUCUCUGCAGGUCUACAUGGAAAGGCUAAAACAGAGGAAGCCGUAACUAGCAAAGUGGAUGAUGGAAUUUAUUCUAGCCGUAACCUGCCCUAAAUUGUGACCUGGCUAGCAAUGCGGGUGUAAUGCCGGAAUCUCUGCCUUAAUUGUCAUUGUAUCUAGGAAACUGCCUGUUGGACCUCACUGUAUGUGUGUAGCGUAAAUAUCCCUCUGCAGAUGUGUAGGACCUCACACACUUUCUUUGUAAGAACUAAUAAAGUAUACAAAAUAUUUUGUGAA